AUGCAAACGUCGCGUGCCGAUGCAAGCGACAAGACCAAGCGUAGAAUUAGAAUCGUAGUUUCCGACAACAACUUAGCACAAGCCUCCCCCUCAGCACCGCCACCGCCACCGCCGUCAACAGCAACAGCAACAACAGCCAGCACACAUCACACACAUUUACACCAUUCGCCGAGCCACGAAACGAAACGCCUGAACAUCGAGUAUAACGAUGCCGAUGGCGGACUCAUUUGGGACAAGGACAAAGAUGUGCUCAUACUUUCGGGACGCAAUAAGAACGACAAGAACUGGGAGAACUGGGAGCGCAUACGCGAACAGAAGCUGGAGAAGAUGAAGAACAUCUGCUUCGAAAGCUAUCGCCAGUCGAAACGCGACAAGCUGCUCCUCUCGAAACCGCGACCCAAGCAACUCGACUCCACCUGGUACACGGAUAACAUUUACUCGAAUCGCUCCGACGAUCUCGAUGAGGAUUAUGUGCCCGAUUGCCUCAAGUACGGCAGCUACAGCAAUCGCAUUCUACGCGACAUUCACGAACAGGACGAAAAGUAUGCCGACGAUGCGUUGCCGAUGCGCGAACGUCGAGGCGAGGGCGAAGGCUCGCCGGGCUAUGGACUGCAGCGCUCGAAGAGCUGCAAGGAGUUUCAGUAUCCCAAGUCGCAGAGCUGCUGCUUCGAGGGCAACGUGUUUGAGGCGGGCGGCAGUGGAGGAACGGGAGCGGGCGCAGGGACAACCACCGCCACCACAUCCAUACUGAAGAAUCGAGCUGGUGUGCCGAAGUCUUACUCGUUCAGCGCCUCCACCAAGACGAUGCCCUUCGACAUUAUCGACUACGAGCUGCCGCCUGCCUCGAAUACGCGGAGAGAGAAACGCGAGGCCUACAGACGCAGCAUGAACAUGCUGUAUAGCAAUAGUUUGGAUGAACGCACUCUAGCUCACAGCUGCUGUGCACGGGAUCAGUGCACGAGUGCCAAGUGCCUGCUGGACGACAUCUAUGCGGGGGGAACGCGACGGGGUGGCUAUGGCGGUGCCGCUGCCAGCGGUGGCAGCAACAGGAAUCUGAAUUUGAAUAUGAAUAUGAAUCUGAAUCGCAAUCUGCCGCUGCGUUCGCCUGCGGAUUGGCUGUUCGAUGAGCGCAGCGCAGAUCGGGCCGAUCAUCGUGGACGUGGCGGCGUUGCCCAUGGCCACGGCCACGGCCAGCUGCCGCCCACGGUGAUCUGCUGCUGUGCGACGGAUGACUAUUGCUGCCAUCGCCAGCCACAGCACCGGGCCACAGCAACCGCAGCCCGGCCAAGUCGUGCUGCUCAGCAUUGUCCUGGCCAUCACCCUGCUGCCGAGGAGGAGGAGCACAUGCAUUGCCGCUACGACACCGAUCUGGAGCAGUUCAUACGCGCCGAACGGGAUCGUCUGCUGCUGCAGGACAAGUUCCUCGACGAGGACGAACGCUAUUUGGCCCAGGGACACAGCUAUGCGCCAAGUCACGGCUAUGCACAGCGUCCGACGCGUAGUAAAUCGUUGCUGGAGGUGCAGCCACCGAAUCUGUUUGACGAUGACCUGCUCGGAUACGACGGAAAUUGAUUUGGAGGAUUUUAA